UGUCACUUGUGAACGCUUUAGUAGCAGACUUUCCCUCGAUGAGGAGAGCAGUGCACUUUGCAAUUACAUUGGAAAUAGGAAGAAAAUAACUUUCGAUUUCAGCUUGGGUCACUCACGAGGGAAGCCAGGAGAGGGUAGAGUCUUGUGUCCCUUUGUGAGUGAAAUGGGUUUGAAGUUGAUCAAACCCACGAGGGAGGAGACGGAGCAGACGAAUUGGAAACAGAGGCUGCAGCAGUUCAAAGACUGGCACGUGCCAACUCCUGCCAACUUAGAGCUCCUUCUGGACCUGCCCCCGGUGCCCAUGGAGGUGCAGCUCUGCCACGCCUGGAGUCGCUGGGACCGCUCGCCCAACAUGUGCCAGCCGGAGGGUGCCACGGUCUACAGUGGGCUGACGGUGCGCCGGAACCCGGUGCAGGACAGCACGGACUGCGCCCGGGGCAGCGUGGGUUACCGCCGCGGACUCCACGUCUGGCGGGUGCGCUGGCCCCCUGGGGAGAGGGGCAGCCACGCGGCGAUAGGGGUGGGCACUGCCCACGCCCCCCUGCACCAUGACAGCUACCGGGUGCUCCUGGGCGGAGGGGAUGGAGAGUCCUGGGGCUGGGAGCUGGGGGCGAACCGGCUACACGGUGGGGGCAGGGAUGGCCGCCGGUACCCUGAGGUGGCAGAGGAGCCGUUGCCCGUGCCCGAGAGCUUCCUGGCUGUGCUGGACUGCGACGGCGGGACCCUGAGCUUCCUGGUGGACGGCGUGUACCUGGGAGUGGCCUUCGACGGGCUGAAGGGCAAGACGCUGUACCCCAUGGUGAGCUGCGUCUGGGGCAAUGCCAGCAUCACCCUCACCUACCUGAAUGGCCUGGAGAGACAGCCGCUCCGUCUGGCUGAUCUUUCCCGGCAGAGAAUCCGGCAGUCGCUUGGACAGGACCGGAUCUCGGAGGUUGCUUCGUUACCUCUGCCUCCCAUCCUCCAAACCUAUCUCCGACAUUCCUGAAAGUGGGAAGAGAGGACGGACAGAGAAAGACACAGAAUUGUCAGCUGGAACUCAGCUUGUUAGUUAUGUCAAAUAAACCUUCGUCUUAUACCUCCCCAGGCCCAGGUUGGGUCUGGACUUUGACGGGUUUUUAAGAAAUUCUUGGAUCCCGGCCAUCGUGAGGGGAGAGUAACUGCGGCCAUUCCUCCCUGUUGCUCAACGAUAGCCCAUUGUGGACUCUUUCUAUCCCUCAAUUUUCUUAAACUGAGUUCACAAUCCCUCAUUGACCAGCAGCCUAUGCAUACACAACACCAGCUCUCUUGCUCUCUCUCUGUUUCUGAGGUGCACUUUCUGUCUUUCACUUUCAUCCCCACCCCGAUCCCCUCUCUCUCGGUCUUUCCCACUCGUGGGUUCUGUCCCUUCCAUUUUCUGCGUGUUACUAUCUUUGUAUCAUUGUCUUCUCUCACACACACAUGCAGUCUGCGUUUCUCUCUCACACACAUGCAGUC